UGUGAAAGAAGCAAGAGGGAGCAUUUGUACCUGAAUUUACCUCAUGAGGACUAGCAAUUCACUAUCCAAGUUGGCGUCCAAUUAGAUCCGGUCUUGGCACACCAGCUCGACACCUACGGCUGAACUUCGGCCUGGGUUUCGAAUUUCGCAUUCGACUCAUAACCUCCACCACCACCGAAAGCUAAAAUCUUCUUAAAUCUCCACUCGAAACUACCUCAAAUAUGGCCGGCAGGAAUCGGGGCCCAGUGCCCGUUCCUCUCGAAGCGCAAAAUCGCAACCUCACCCAAGAAGUCCUCGAUGCUCUCGACAUAAAAUCACCCCUCCAAACCUCCGAAGACUUCCCCUCAAUACCUCAGCCCGAGAUCAAGGCCGCGCUAGAUAGGCUAGCAAGCCGGUCUAUGGUCCAGUAUGACACUCACGAGACGGACCAGGUCAUCUUGACCAAAGAGUCGGAGACAAUCGUAGCGGAUGGAAGCCAUGAGUUUAAGGUGUGGGAUGCUGUCAGGCAGGCGGGGAAGAUACCGAUCAAGGAGUUGCCAAAAGUCGUCGGCGCCGAUUCAGCGAAGGUGGGACAAGGCAAUGCGUUUAAGAACAAAUGGAUAAAAAAGGACGGAGAUUCACUAGUCCUUGUGGCGAAAGAGGUUAAAGAUACCACGAAAGAUAUUCUGAAAGAUAUUCAAGAAACCAAAUCACUAUCGGACACUAAGCUCCUUAACGACCUAAAGAAGCGGAAACUUGUCACCACCUCGAAGGUCCUAACCUACACGGUUACCAAAGGUCCCAAGUAUGCGAAGGAGAUGCCCGUAGAGGUCACAGACUUGACAGCGGAUAUGCUGGCAAAUGGCGCCUGGGAGAUGGCUAACUUCAAACCCUACAACUUCAAUGCUCUUGGAGCGUCACAGAAUGCUGGUACUUUGCACCCGCUGAACAAGGUGCGGCAAGAGUUCAGGAACAUCUUCUUCAAUCAAGGCUUCGUAGAGAUGCCUACCGGCCACUACGUUGACUCAGGAUUCUGGAACUUCGACGCACUCUUCGUCCCCCAACAACACCCCGCCCGCGACAUGCAAGACACCUUCUUCAUUUCCGAUCCCCCCAAAGCCGACAAACCACGACCAGACCCUGAAACUGAAGCACAAAUGGACGCCAUGGAAGCCGGCUACAAGCGGCUCUUCGCAACCCCGGAGAAGAAGGAAACUAAGCCCCGCAACUACGAAGAAUACUGGCAAAACAUCAAAGAGGUGCACCAAAACGGCGCCUUCGGUUCCAUCGGCUACCGCUACCCUUGGUCCGAAGACGAAUGUCUACGUCUCGUCCUCCGAACACACACCACAGCCGUCUCAACCUGGGUCCUGCAUCGACUAGCAGAAGACCCCCGACCUGCCCGCUACUUCUCCAUUGAUCGCGUCUUCCGCAAUGAAACCGUCGAUGCCACCCAUCUCGCCGAGUUCCACCAGAUAGAAGGGGUUAUUGCCGACUUUGGUCUCACACUCGGCGGCCUAAUGCGCUUCCUCGAAGACUUCUUCUCCAAAAUGGGCAUCGAGGGCUUGCGCUUCAAACCCGCAUACAACCCAUACACUGAGCCUUCCAUGGAAGUCUUUGGAUACCACGUUGGUCUUGGCAAGUGGGUGGAGAUUGGAAAUUCGGGAAUGUUCAGGCCUGAGAUGUUGGAGCCCAUGGGAUUGCCUAAGGAUUUGAGGGUCUAUGGAUUUGGACUGAGUUUGGAGAGACCGACAAUGAUUAAGUAUGGAGUUAGUAAUAUUAGGGAGUUGUUGGGGCAUAAGGUAGAUUUAGGGUUUAUUGAGAGUAAUGCUGCGGUUAGGUUAGAUAAGAAUUAGAAGAGAUAAGAGUGGGAAUGGGAAGGAAAUGCUGUGGCUUGGAUGGGAAAUGCGAGAUGGGUUCCUUCUGGGACAUAUAUAUAUAUAUAUAUAUAUAUAUAUAUAUGUGUGUGUGUGUGUGUGUUCAAAAGCAUAUGAUAUAUAUGCAUGUGGGUAUGAUAGACGAGUGAAGAAGCAAUGAUG